AUGUCCAAUCAAUUGCUUUUGCAACGUAUAGUCCGAACGCUUUCGCCACCGAGGGAAACUGGCCUAAUUGGCGCCUUCGCUUAUGGAUCUGUGGCUUUUCCGCAACAUGGCAGACCCUGUUCAGAUUCCCAACUUGAUUUGAUCCUUAUUGUCCGUGACCCAGAACGCUGGCAUGUUCAGAACGCAAGCCGCUAUCCCAUGCACUACAGCUUUCUCAUGAGAAACAACCCGCGGUUUUUUGUCCGAACUAUUCUUUCCCGUUUCCCUGGUCCACAAAUUUUGUACAACCCAUUUAUACCUUGGUUUGAUGAGUGUGAAGGUAAACAGCUGCGACUCAAAUAUGGUGUAGUCGGUCAUGCUAAGAUUGAACAAGAUCUUGAGUCGUGGUCCAGUUUGUACCUUGCUGGUCGUUUGCACAAACCAGUCUUAUGGAUCCCCCUAGGAGACGAACAGCCUCCCUCAGAUUCAGUGCGUAACCUCAACAAACUGGUCUCCAACAAUCUCCUGGCGGCUAUGUCGUACGUUUUGUUACAGGUUAACCCGUCUCGUCCUUUCUUGACUGAAUUCGAAUUGUUUCGUGCUAUUACAUCAAUAUCCUAUGAUGGGGAUUGGCGUAUGCUCGUGGGCGAAGACAAAAAUAAGGUUGACCGUAUAGUUACUGGCCAAGAGCGACUCUCUCGCUUUCAAAGUUUAUACUCUACUACCCUCGCUCAUCCUUCUUUAUCGAAACACGUUGGUCUCCUGCCGACCGAUGCGACGAGUGCGGCAAAUGAGGUGCAUUUUUCUCAACCGCCGGAUUCCAAAGAUGUUGUUAUGUCGCUGCUGAACAACAUCCCGACUGAUGUUUGCAGACGAGCUCUCCCGGGCCGUCGAUUUUGGAACUGCGACCCACGGGAAGUAUUAGCUGAAAUCUCGGCUGUGGAACGACAAUUACGCCUUCGGCGAACAGUGCGACGAAUUGUUAUGCUUUCUAGUGUUCAGCAGACGGCCUUUAGUAUCUGCACUACUGGCCCUGUACGUUCAGUCCUCUAUGCUAAGGAAAAGCUGAGAAAGAUGUUAGCCAGCCUUGGUCUUUUGAACUGGUAG